AUGCGUUCCACUUUCGCUGGUGUUGCGGCCUUCGCGGCCACUGCUGCUGCCCACUACAACUUUGAGGCUCUGAUUCACAACGACAAGGUCACCGACCCGUACCAGUUCGUGCGCCAGACGACCAACUCCAACUCGCCCAUCACCGAUGUGACCUCGGACAACUUCAUCUGCAACCAGGGUGGCCUGGACGCCGAUAUCAUGGCCAAGACCGAGACCCAGGAGGUCGCCCCCGGCGACGCGGUCGGCUUCACCAUCAACAGCAACCUCGGCCACCCGGGCCCUCUGUCCGUCUACAUGUCCAAGGCUCCCGAGGGGACCGACGCCGCCGCCUACAAGGGCGACGGUGACUGGUUCAAGGUGUACGAGCUGACCACCUCGAGCAUCACCGCUGAGGGCCUGCAGUGGGCCACCUCCGUCGGCGGCGGCAUCAACAACUUCACCUUCACCCUCCCUGAGGACCUGCCCGCCGGCCAGUACCUGAUGCGCGGCGAGCACAUCGCCCUGCACGGCGCCCAGGAGGUGGGCGGCGCGCAGUUCUACAUCGGCUGCGCCCAGCUGACCGUCACCGGCUCCGGCGCCGGCUCCCCGUCCCCCACCGUCAAGAUCCCCGGCGUCUACGACGGCACCGAGGACGGCAUCGUCAUCAACCUCUACUACCCGGCCCCCACCAGCUACGACGCCCCCGGCCCCGUCACCUGGCCCAACGCCUGCAUCGACCACACCGCCAACUACGCCGACCAGACCUCCGACGGUGACUGCACCAACGACGACGGCGCCGGUGCUUCUGCUUCCACCCCUACUGCUACUGGCUCUGGUGCUGGUGCAUCUGCCACUGGCGCUGCUACCCCCACUGGCGCUGCCCAGUCUUCCUCCCGUCCUUCCGCCACCGGCGCCGCUGGUGUCUCUGGCAACGCCGCUGCGGCCCAGCCCACUACCCCUGCCUCAUCCGGUGACGAGUCCAGCUGCACCAAGAAGCGUGCCGCCAGGCGGUCCGCCAAGAAGGGCCUCAAGCUGAUGGCUUAA